UUAAAGAUGGCGUCCGCAACAAGCAUGGCUGACAUUACUACCUACAUGUGUUCGUACUGAUGGUUGUAUGACGAGCGUGUAGGUCAGGAGUGCAUUGUACGGUGUUACCAUGAUAUAUAAUAUUCAUACUCACCGGUCGUGACAGCAUGGGGUGUGCGAACAGUCAACUGCCGGCCCCGCGGGAAAAUCCCGGGGGGUCAGUUCCUACACGAGAGGGUACUGACAAACAGAGACAGAAGCAACGGGCCCUGACGGACCUGCUGAGGGGGAACAUGUCCCUGGAGUGUCCCUCCACUGCCAAGAUCGUCCGCAUCUUCACCAGCAGCACCUUUACAGACACCCGGCACGAGCGGAAUGCCCUGAUGGAGCGGGUGUACCCGGUUCUGAAGGAAAUGUGCCAACAGCAGGGGUACGAGUUCCAGGUGGUGGACAUGAGAUGGGGGGUGAGGGAUGAGGCCACGGACGACCACAUGGGGCCAGAGCUCUGUCUGAGAGAAGUCGACCUGUGCAGGAAGCUGUCCACGGGGCCGUGUUUUGUCACGUUCCUGUCACACAAAUAUGGCUACCGCAACAUCCCGAGGGAGAUAGAAGCUACUGAGUUCGAGAAGCUCCUGGCGAAGGUUCCGACCGAAGAGGCCGUGUCCUUACUGAAGAGAUGGUUCGAGAAGGAUGAGAACAAGGUUCCGCCCAUCUAUGUCCUGCAGCCAAUCAGCUCCAUGCUUCCAGACUUCCGAGCCAAUGAUCAGAGCCGUAAGAACAGCGCCAAGUCUGAAUGGUCUCAUCAGAACACGGUGAUGCAGUCGGCGCUGGCGGAUGCAGCCGAACACACCCUGGACGCAGACAGAGCUCAGCGUUACGCGGAGUCAGUGACGGAGUCGGAGAUUUGUCGAGCGAUGAACUCCAACAUGGACGUGUCGAGCCAGUGCAUCUGGUUUGACAGAAAAAUACAGGACAUCGACAGUCAGGACACCAGCUACCUACUCAGCAGAUACAAAGAGUGCCUCGGCCCAGAGGAACGUGACCGGGAAUCACGACAACGUCUCGCCCAGCUAAGGGAGAGUACUCUAGGCAAGCAGCUGCCGGAGCAGAACAUCCUCACCUACAACAUCAUGUGGCAUCCUAACGGUAUUGACCCCGGCGCGGUGAGGGAGCACGGAGAGUACAUCGACCGGUUGUGUGAAGACUUCCGGUACAAGGUGUCCGCCAUGAUCAGCCAGGCCAUCCAGACCAGGCAGGACACCUACCUCAGCAGCCCGGUGUUCGACGAGGUCGUGCAGCACACGGUGUUCUGCCAGGAGAAGUGUCGGGCGUUCCAGGGCAGGACACAGACGCUUCAGGAAAUCCGAAGUUACCUGGUUGGUUCCAGUCGACAACCCUUCAUCCUCCACGGCCCCUCCGGGAGCGGCAAAACCUCCAUCAUGGCCACAGCAGCCACCACUGCUUGGGAAACACUCAAGUCUAAAGCUGCAAUCAUUACCAGGUUCAUCGGCACGACCCCCGACAGCUCCAACAUCGGCAGCCUCCUCAUCAGCAUCAUCACACAGCUCGGGGAGGUGUACCCAUUCGACACGUCCAAUCUCCCUCCGACAAUUAAGGAGCUGCGAGAGUUCUUCAAGUCAACAUUGUCCAGAGCAACAACGGAGACCCCGCUCGUCCUCUUCUUGGAUUCUUUGGACCAGCUGGACACUUCCGGUGAUGCCAGGCAGUUGCUAUGGAUACCACGGGAACUUCCGGUUAAUGUGAAGGUAGUUUUAUCAACACUACCGGAAGAGAAAUAUGAAAUUCUACCACGGUUAAAGGCGCUCUUUCCUUGUACGUGUAACUAUGCAGAAGUGCCCACUCUUGCCCUGACUGAAGUGACCAGCAUAGUGGACACAUGGCUUGAACAAGCAGGACGAAGAUUGACCACUGGUCAGAGACACACAGUAGAGGAGGCCUUCAACAGGUGCCCGCUACCCCUCUUCCUGAAACUGUCGUUUGACCAGACGCUCAAGUGGCGCUCCUACUCCCCCAGCGACACUACCGUCCUUCAGGACACCGUGAGGGGCUGCAUCAACACCCUUUUUCAGAGGAUUGAAGAAAUGCACGGGAAGAUCCUCGUUGAGCGAGCCCUCGCCUAUCUUACACUCAGCAGAUCUGGCCUAUCAGAGACCGAGCUGGAGGACAUCCUGUCAUGUGACGAUGACGUCCUCAGUGACGUGUACAUGUACUGGACUCCGCCUAUCAGACGACUUCCGCCUCUGCUCCUAGUGAGGGUCAAGGCCGAACUCGGGCCGUAUCUGGUUGACCGAGGGGCUGAUGGCGUCAGGGUGUUCUACUGGUAUCACCGACAGUUCAUCGAGGCGGCAACCGACAGGUAUUGCUGGGACUCUCAAGCUGUUGCUCACUUGCAUCGCUCCCUGGGAGAGUUCUUCUCGGGAGUAUGGUCAAAUGGAAAAACAAAACCGUACACAGAUUCAAGAGGUCAAUCCGGAAAUGCUGACCGUCACGUUACCUCACAGCCUGUUAAAUAUGGUACGAACUUUAACCGCCGGAAGUUAAACAACCUACCGUAUCACCGCCAGAGGGCGGGUCAGAGCGAGCUCCUCAUGGACGAAUGUCUGUGUAACCUGGAGUUUGUGUCGGCCAAGUUGAAGUCAGAGGGACUGAGACAAGUGACAGACGACUACCUCGACGCCACGUCCCACUUUCCAGAUAUUCAACCUCUCAAGACGCUUUCAGAAGCCAUACACCUGUCCCAGGGUGCACUGGUCACCAGUCCUGACGAACUUCCUGCUCAGCUCAUCAGCAGGAUCAAGGACAGAAAAGGUCUGGAGGAUUUCGUCGCCCAGUGUCACGCCUCCCCCACCCCCUUCCUGCUCCCCUCCCAACGUAUUGUGACCCUGACGGGUGGGGCACUCCUCCACUCCCCAGCGGAACACACCCAGGAGAUCACGGGACUUGACCUCACCAGGGAUGGGAAACUUGCUGUCACGUGUGGAAUGGAUAACUCCGUGAAGACGUGGGACGUCGGUACCGGCAAACUCCUCCGUUCUAUAGACGACACAGGCCCACAGUCUAACAGGGUCUACACAGCCUGUGCCGACACGCUCGUCAUCGUUGUCACCAGCAACAACAUCCGGGCCUUCGACCUCCACUCGGGAGUGGAAGCGUACACGCUCUCCAAUUACAUGGCAAACUCAGGCUUCUGUCUGGCCGGAAAGGACAAGACCGCCAUGUUUGUGUUUCUCGAGAAGAACGUUCAGAUAUAUUCAGCUGCUGAUGGGGCGUUCGUGGGAACGGCGUCUAAUGCGCAUGUGCAGGAAGAUGAGAGCAUGGGAAGCUCAUCUGCUGUAGCAGGAUGUGAGGACUUUGUGGCAAUAUCUGAAGGUAACCAUGGAAACAAGAUGUACAUCUUCAACGUCAGUGAUUCAGCCUUCCUGUCAACGGUGAUAGCGUUACCUGUCUCCGAGGCUAAUAUGAAGGAUAUUAUCAGUUGUGCGGCUUUCUCAGCGGACCGGAAACGCGUUAUUAUCGGCGCGGGCCAAUCACUUCAUCAUAUGUUCUUUGAUAUCCACACUGGUGAUUUAGUUCGUACAUUGCCCGGACAGAAGCACGACCGUAUGUCAGCAUUCCUCCACGCCACCCCCGACGGCAACUACCUCAUCUCCUCCAACUGGAACAACGUGGUCAUCUGGGAUCUACAAAAGUCAGAACGCCAUAUUGUUCUCCAACAUAUCCACAGGUCAAUUGUCAACGCGUUGACAGUGGAUAUGCGCAUCUUCGUGACGGCCACCAAUGACCUGAUGCUCAGGAUCUGGGACCUGACCCGAGAUGACUCUCAGGGCCUUGGUGCCCUGCUUGCAGAACAACAACCCCUGAAGACUGACGUCACAAGUGGUGCCCCGUCGUCCGAGUACUUUGUCCUCAAAUCCAUGUACGCGAUGGACAGCCCGCGGUUCCUCCUGCUUCACGGGUCAUUCCAAAUCAAGGGCGUGGCCAAGGAGUACAUCCGGGUGUAUGACGUCACAACCGCCACCGUACUCAGACAGGUCAAACUGCAAAAAUCAGAUCAGCUGAUCGUUCCCUACGGCGAUCACUCAAUACUUGUGGGGUCAUGGGACAGAACGGCAAAUGUCCUUGACCUUGUGACCUUGACCUUCAUCAAACAGUUACAGGGCUAUUUACCGAAAAUGGCUACCUCGCCGAACGACAUCCGAGUAAUUGCUUGUGACAAAGUUGCGACGCCAACAAAAGCACGGCGGAACAUCAAAGUGUAUUCCUUGGCUACAGGUCGCGUGACGUCAGUGAUGAAGGCGGGUCAGUCAGAGCGUAUAUCAGGACUGCAGCUCAGUACUGACGAGGUUACGUUACUGGCCAGCACAACUAAAGGCCCGCUACUUGUGUUUAACACAAACACGUGCUGCUUCUUGUGUUCUGUCAACACAACCUUAGUGUCUCUGAAGAACGUGGUUGAUGUCAGAAUGACGUCAGACAACUUCCUGUUGUUCAAGUCGGAUGUAGGCGAUAAACACUCCAUCGUUGUUUUGGACAUGGCGAAAAAGACAGAGCACUGUCGUCUGCGCACUCAACCAGGUCAUGGCGCGGUACGUAGAUUCGAUGUUGUGGCCGAUGACACUGCUGUCGUUGUCACCGACGCGCACCUACACGUCUUCAGCAUUUCGACAGGAGAACAGUUGGACUGUGUUCACAGCCGACACGGCACGUCACGAAUCUGUUGCCGUGACGGCAGUCCCUACUUCACCACCUUCAACAACGACAUCGACGACAACGCAGUGAAACUUUGGCAAACAUCACCAGUGAAGUGUGUGGCUUCGUUUACGCCGGAUAUCCGGCCACGUGAGAUAUUUUUGUCCCGGGAUGGCCGCACCCUCCUUGGUUACUUUAACACCACCCCCUACCCCGUGUUGUGGACGCUACGGGGCAGGGAUAUCUCACCUGGGGGUGAGGCCGGAGACACAGGACAACUGCCCAACCCGUACGGCAUUGAGUAUUUGGAAGCAGAUCUCAGCAGCCCUCGCGAACAGCUGCCAGAGGACCGAGAAGACCCGGACAGUGACGAAGACGUGGCCACGUGAUCAGUAAUGAUGCUGUAUAUAUCACAUAUGUGCCAAAUAUGGACAUACCUCAUACAUACCAAGCAGUGAAUCGGGAUAGUGACAAUGAUAUGGAAAUUACGCAAUCAUCGGACAUAUGUUAUUUUAUUGGCCUUGUUAAAAGAAAGCGACUCUAACCUUGAGGCAUCAAUACAUCUCCAAUAUCCAAGGGGGCACGGGUGGCUCAGUCGUCUAAGGCGCCCUGAUUUGCUGUGCAGAGUUGCGUCCCUUGGGCACACCAGAAACCUAUGAUUGUGGGUUCGAAUCCCGGUUCGCCCCAGUUAUGUUUCUAG